CUUAGCUUGCCUAUCACCGCGCUAGUUACUCGUGCCUCGUGCUAGCGCGGCUCACAAGACACGUCGGAUUCGAGGGUGUCCCGUCUGGUCCGAUUCGAGAAUGCUGAUGGUGAAUUUUUCUUGCUUGAAGCAAUCAAGGAGACGGGCUCGUCCAGGCAUUCGCCGUGAUACUACCCGAUCGCGCGAGUGUUCGAGCUUGAAGGAGGAAGGAAUUCUUUUACUGUGGUACAGCAACGACUACAGUAACGAUCUGCCGCACUGGAUACCUUAUCCGGGAGGCGCAGCGGAUGAAGGCUCGCUCAUCGUUCUCUACACUCUCGAUACGAAUGACUAAAAGGUAGGUUCAGGAUCUGAAGAGAAGUACGUUUGCUUCCAGAGCUCGCCUCGAGGGUAGA